UUUUUUGUUUUUUUUGGUCCAAGUUUAUUUUCACUCUGAUUUCCGACCCUACCAGAAUCGCUGAUACACAAAGCCAGGACUUGCCCCCCUUUUUCCCCGUUUCAACAAAGGCCAUGGCGGUCCCACGCAUCAGCAGCAGCAGGACCGACAGAGCGGGCGUUGCGUGGACUGUGGCACUCUGCGCAUUGGCAGUUUUGCUGCAGUCUGCGGUUGUGGCCGGACACGUCGCGACCGUUCGAGUCAAAUCUAUGGCCACGAACGGACAAUGCGAUACCACGUUCGGUACGGCGUGCGACAUUGAAUGCGGCACCUACAAAUUCUGUGUGGGAACCAACUGCGUUACCAGCAGCUUGCCGGAAGUAUCUGACAAUAACAACCCGUCGUGGAGCAGCAACACGCUCCAGAUCGACUUUGCCGAGUCCUAUUCUGGCUCCUUUUCCUUGACCCUGGACUGCCGCGACAAUGAUCCGGUGGGAACGGAUGGAGAUGCAGGCCGUAACUACAUUUAUGCCAUCGGAGGCAAUCAGGGACUCGUUCAAAGCACAUUGUCUGGUUUCGGACCCUACAUUACGACCGUGUACGUUGAAUCGCAAAUCACUUGCAACAGCCGAUUUUACGGUACCUAUUGCGACGAGUACUGCUUGAUAAACGACCCUCCGACGUGCAAGGGGUGCUCGUCAGCCACUGGCUACUGCUCCUCUUGCAGUCCUGGCUACACGGACAAGGACUGCUUGUCCAAAGUGCCCAACUGGUGCUCUGCUCUGCCAACGUUGAUUUCUGGCUCGGGCUCCCAGGCCUGCACCCUGCCCAACAACGUUAUCGACACCGUCUGCACAGUGUCGUGCAACGCUGGAUUUACCGCCAGCUCGGCCGUUUCCAGUGUCACAUGCAACGGUGCCGUUCAAGGCCCCUGGAGCGCCACCUUGGCCGUCUGCAACUGGAAUGACAAUUACUGCCCUGCUCGCGCUGCUCCCCCCAACGGUGCUAUUAGCUGCCCCAACCAGAACCGACUCGACGCCACAUGCACAUUCUCUUGCGCGACAGGCUAUGCUCUCCAAGCCGGCUCGCCUUCGUCGAUCAAGUGCAAUCAAAACACGUUGGCAACUGGCGUCUGGUCGAAUGCCGCCAGCGGUAUUUGCAGUGUGGUCGACAACUUUUGCCAGCCAUUGCCCUCAUCGGCAAACCUCAACAUUGCAUACACUGCUCUCCAGCAGUACCGGUCGGUGGCUAGCUUUUCCUGCGCGACAGGUUACGUCUUGUCCGCGACCGGUCGAACAGCCAACUGCUCGUCAACCACCCAGUGGUCUUGGUCAUCUGGGUCUAGCGCUCCGACGUGCAGCUUGCAGGAGGGCUUUUGCACCGCUCUCGUCGCUCCGACGUAUGGAAGCAUGAGCUGCACUGCUCGCGCAACGCUGGGCUCUACGUGCAGCUUUGCCUGCGAUAACGGCUACGUUCUGGCCAGCGGCGCAGCGGCCUCCAGCACCUGCCAGCCGUCCACUUCGUGGACGUACAGCGCCCCGACCUGCGUGAUCAAGGAUGCGUACUGCGCGACUCCAGCCCUUCCUGACCACGCCACGCUGGUUUCCAUCAGCAACACGAUUAACGGAAAGGCGGUUUACGCGUGCAGCCAGGGCUACACCCAAACUUCGGGCGACACGCAACUCGUGUGCUCCGCAUCUACCGCGGCUGCAGGCACGUUUACCGGCACGACUCCGGUCUGCAGCAUUGCCAGUACCUACUGCGCUGCGCUCGCAAGCGUCCCCAGUGGCAUGACGCCUUCCUGCACCCAGAGCAGUGCACUGGGCUCUGUCUGCACGUUCAGCUGCCAAGCUGGCUACGUGCUGUCGGGCGCGUCUUCCACCACAUGCAAUGCGAACGGCGUCACUGGCUCGUGGAGCAACGCCAACCCGACCUGCGUGUUUGACGAGGCGUACUGCCCGACGCCGGCAACGUUCACCAGUGGCGCUGCCAACUGCGGCAGCCAUCCUCGUCGCAUUGGCACGACUUGCACCUACGACUGCAACGCCGGCUACAUCAAUGACGUGUCCACCCCAACCUCCGCGACCUGUGUGGCGGGCGGCACGUGGAGUCUCAAUCCCGUCAGCUCGACCGGCGCGCCCAGCUGCAUCCGAGACCUGGCGUACUGCCCGAACCAGCAAACUGCACCCGACUUUGGCUCUGUCAUCUGCUCCGAGAGCAACGCACUGGGAUCCACUUGCACCCACCAGUGCAGCGCAGGCUAUGUGCUUUCUGGUCCGCCAUCCAGCACUUGCCAGCCGAGCCGCGGCUGGUCAUCCGCCAAGCCUUCGUGCACCGUUGUUGCCACCUACUGUCCCAGCAUUCCCGUCCCCGCCAACGGCGCGUCGACGUGUACUGGCGCCGGUGCGUCACAAGUGUGCACAUUCAGCUGCAACGCUGGAUACAAGCUUGACACGGGUUCUACCACCACCUCCUGUCGUUCGAAUGCCACUUGGAGUACAACACCAGCAACCGCUUGCGUGCUCGAUGCCACGUUCUGCCCCGCGCUGUCGACUCCCACGUCCGGCACGCUCACCCCAAGCUGCCCUCGUUCGAUCGCGUCCGUGUGUUACUAUGGAUGCAAUGCGGGUUACCGUCUCGUCGGCGACGACUCCACUGCUUGCACGGCAGCCGGAACUUGGGAUCCCGUUGCACCCACCUGCCAGCUGAUUGAUGGCUUUUGCGCGGCCACGCUGCUCAGCCCCACAAAUGGCCAUGUGUCGUGCACAGGCACCGGCUCGGUUGGAUCGUCGUGCACCUUCACUUGUGAUGCUGGCUACACCUUGUCUGGCUCUGCCACCAGCUCUUGCACCAGCUUGGGCCAAUGGUCGAGCGUGGAGCCAACGUGCGUGCCGAUCGAAGACUACUGCGCCAACCAGGUUGCCCCUCCAUUCUCGUCGGGAAUUGCGUGCACGCGUCGCAACACUGUUGGCUCGACCUGCAGCUACUCGUGCGUGACGGGCUACGAGGUUGCCGGAGCCGUGGGCUCAAACACCAUCGCAUGCAAUAGUGGAAAUGCGACUGUUGGUUCUUGGAGUGCAGCACGUCCGUCGUGCACCAGCGUGGCCAACUUUUGCCCAGCACUGACGGCGCCAGUGAAUGGAAGCAUGGUCUGCACCGCUGGUCGACAGCUCAACUCGGCGUGCAGCUUCUCUUGCAGCUCUGGGUUUGUCAGCUCCACAGCGGCCUCUGCGCAGUGCCUUUCCACCGGUCUUUGGAAUGGAGCCCCUUCGACUUGCCAGCUCAUCGAGUCGUACUGCAACCCUGCCCAAGUCGUCGCCCCAGACCACGGCACCGUCACCUGCACUGCCCGCGGCACCCUCGGCUCAAAGUGCGCCUUCACUUGUGACACUGGCUACACUCUGAGUCAUCCCAACAGCACCACCUGCUCGUACUCGACUCAGUUCACGGGCUCGUGGUCGAUUGCCGUUCCUUCUUGCCAGCUGAACGCCAUCCACUGCCCCGCCUUCCCCAUCCCGGCUUCUGGAUCGGCAUCGUGCGACAGGGGUCGGUCUCUUGGCUCCAUCUGUCUCACUGCCUGCUCGUCCGGCUUUUUUGUUUCCAACAAUUCGCUUCCCUACUGCACCGUCGACGCCACUUGGUCUGCACCUGGCCCGAGCUGCGUUGCCUGCUUGAACUGCAAUGGCAAUGGACAGUGCAUGCUCAACGCGACGACGCAGUCCACGUACUGCCAGUGCAACCCCGGCUUUACGGGCGCGAACUGCAACCAGUGUCUCGACGGGCGCUUUGGACCCACCUGCGCAUUCUGCCCAGCAUGCCAAAAUACCGGUGUUUGCAACAGCACCAUCACGGGUGAUGGCAGGUGCGUUUGCCCGGUUGGUUUUGGAGGCACCGUCUGCACAGACUGCCAGACCAACUAUUUCGGACCGUCUUGCACUGCUUGCCCGUCGUGCGGACUCGGAACCUGCAAUGCAACCAAGUCGGGCAACGGCGUGUGUCGUUGCCCGACAGGAGUCGCUGGAGCGAAUUGCGAAGCCUGCGCGCCCAAUUACUAUGGUUCGAGCUGCACUCACUGCCCCUUCUGCGGCUCGGGCACAUGCAACGCAACCAAGGCGGGCGACGGUGCUUGCGUCUGCCAGCCAGGAUUCGGUGGACUGACGUGCGAGACGUGUCUGCCUGGUUUCUUUGGCUCGUCUUGUACGGCAUGCCCGAGCUGCGACCAUGGUACCUGCCGCGACGGAUUCUCCAGCGAUGGUACUUGUGUCUGCGAUGAAGGGUUUUCUGGAGCACUCUGCGACGAGUGCCUCCCCGGUCGGUUUGGCCCCAGCUGCCUGCCUUGCCCGCCUUGCUACUCGGGCACUUGCAACGGCGGCAUUGAUGGCGACGGCCAGUGCGAGUGCCCCGCCGGCUUUGCAGACGGCUCGUGCGAUAGCUGCUUGCCUGACCACUAUGGCCGCAAUUGCACCGCAUGUGCGGCUUGCGGCUCGCCCAACACUUGCAAUUCCGGCUACAGUGGUGACGGCUCGUGCGUUUGCGCGGGUGGCUAUGCCGGUAGUUCAUGCGAGAACUGCGCCCCUGGCCGCUACGGCCCGACCUGCCUGCCUUGCCCGCCGUGCCUGUACGGCACUUGCAACUCAACAAAGACUGGCAACGGCCAAUGCGUGUGCAAUGCCGGCUUUACUGGGUCCAACUGCCAAGCCUGCCAAAAUGGCUACUUUGGUGUCUCGUGCACUGCAUGCCCCAACUGCAACACUGGCACCUGCAACUCUGGCAUCAGCGGCUCUGGCAAGUGCUCUUGCACUGCUCCCUACACUGGCGAGCGUUGCGAACUGUGCUUGAGCGGCUACUACCUGCCGGCCAACUCGUCCACGUGCGUUCAGUGCGAGCCCGGGUAUUCUUGCAACAAUAGCACCCGCACCGCUUGCGCACCAGGUACCAUGCAGCCCAACCCGGGUCGCGUGUCCUGCACCCCUUGCAGCAUUGGCUUUUUCCAGUCCAACUCGUCGUCCACAGAGUGCAAGCCUUGCGUGGCUGGGUUUGCCCAAGACCAGCCUGGUCAGUCCUCGUGCCAGCCUUGCCCGUUCGGCCAGUACUCUGUUGGCAACCCGAGUGGCACGAGUGCAUGCACGCAGUGCCUUGCUGGCACGCACCAGGACCGCCAAGGCCAAUCCGACUGCGCUCUGUGCGGCUCGGGCCUGUAUCAAGACGACCGUGGCAUGCGCGACUGCAAAGCCUGCGAUCCUGGAUUUGUCCCUGCGGCGAACGCACGCUCGUGCGUUCCGUGCGAGCCCGGUUUCAGUCAACCGAUUGGUGGAGAGGCAGAGUGCUCGUUGUGCGAUCGAGGCACUGCCCAAUCCCAGUAUGGCCACGCACUGUGCGAUGAAUGCGGCCCUGGCUAUGAGGCGCCUGACUUUGGCCAACAAGCCUGUGGUCUGUGCGACCUGGGCAAGUACAGCUCCGGCACGCGCAACGUUCGCUGCACAUCCUGCCCUGUCAACACUUACCAAGAUACCCAGGGUCAAUCCUCGUGCGACCCUUGCCCAGCCAAUUCCACGACUCUGACGCUUCAAGGCGCCACCUCCAUCCAGCAGUGCAUUUGCGAUGCGGGCUUCCGAUGGGAAGCCACGUUGCUUCUCUGCAUGCCUUGCGAUCCCGGCUCCAAGUGCCAGGAUGGCAUCCAGACAUCGUGCCUGCCAGGCCAGUACCAACCGAAUCCCGCACGUUCUUCGUGCCGAAACUGUCCCGCCGGCUCCAUCUCCACCACUGCAGGCGCUAUUGCAUGCGACGGUUGUGGUACCAGCCAGUUCCAGGCCCUUGCCGGGCAAACUUUCUGCGACGUGUGCCCAGAGCUGUCCUCGCACUCGCUUGGUCACCAGACGUCCAUCCUUUCCUGCGUCUGCAACCCUGGAUACUUGCUCAACGCCGACGCGGCCACCUGCGACGCCCGUGACUGUUUGCUCCCCAUCCCCACCAAGGGUCUGUAUGCGAACUGCACGGCAGGCACACGCUUCCCGGCCGAGUGCUCUCUGAGCUGUAUUUCUGGUUUCCGAACCGUCUACGCCUCGGCCGCCAACGAAACAGCCAUUCAAUGCUCUGUUCACGGCAAUUGGACGACUUAUCUCGUUUCUUGCGCAGCUAUUGCGGACGACAACGGCUUGGCUUUCGGUCCUGGUGGCCAGUUCAGUGUGGCUGCCAUUGUCGCCAUCUCCCUGGUGCUCAUUCUUCUUGUGAUUAUCGUUGCUCUGGGUGUUUACCGCAAGCGACGCUACGGCCACAUUUGGGCUGUGCGUGCGUCGGACGACCCGAACAUGACACAUGUGAAGGGCGCGGGCUUUGUUCCUUCCCGAAACAGCUCGUCGUCGCUGCUCAACAACAAGGUCUUCCUUGCCGAAGAAGAUCUCCGCCAAAUGCCAGUCCACGUUCAAGCGGCACUCUUGGGUGUCUCCGACCCUACAAACGUUGUGGGCAAUCCGCUGUUCGAAACACCGGAUAUCACUGGCGAAGCAAGCAUGCAGAGUCCCGUGUUUUUGGGCUCGCCGGUGGACCGUCCGGCGGAUCUGCCAGUUUCGGCAGCUUUCUCCGACCGUCGCGGCUCCUUCUCUGUCUUUAUGGCGGAAGACCCUAAAUCGGCGAACGACAAGAUGCAGGAAGCGUUCAACGCCACGCUCAAUCCGCCUGCGGAGGACACGUCCGUGCCCUCCCCGUACGUCGAAAUGUAAAAUUCCCUGUUUUUAUGGGCUUGUUAAUACACAAAAUACUGUAUAGUUGAGCGUGAUUUGAGUUGAAACGGGGGGUUGGAAACAAACAUCCAUGUACUAGUUGGCGCGGACACAAACAUAAUCACAAUCAUGUACAUCAACAAAGCAAACAAAAAC